AAUGGAUUGUGUAGGGGAAGGGGCAUGGGAAGGAAACACAUGUUCGCGCAAAAUCGAUGGAUAAAACUUAAAAGCGAAAACCGAAAACAGAAAAUCUGAAAAGUGUAGCGUGCAUAACACAAAGUUAACUCGAAAUUGUUCGAAUCGAUUUACAACAUUGGAGGAGCUGCCAGGCCAGGACCUUUCCGGAGCAGAUAAACUUUUGGUGGCAAAACGGAUAGAAAUGGGUAUUACAGAGCCAGCUACAACAACAACCGGAAUGGGAGCGGCAAAUGGUGCAACCGACGACGAAAGCAAACAGAUCCUAUCGCUGGACGUGUUUCAGGAAUUGUUCAAGCACGUGGAGCCGGAUGUGGAAAUCGAUGCCCUUGAGCUGGCUCAGGGUUCGGACCGCGGCGACAAUUAUACGGCUGCCCUGUAUCGAAUAAAUCUGAGUGGCAAGCGGCAGAGUCUCGAUGGCAGCCAACACAAAUGGACGCAGAACGUCAUAUGCAAGGUUAUGCCGGAGAGCGUGGCCCAGCGUGAGGCCUACAAAAGCGACAAAUUGUUUCGCAACGAAGUGGAGUUCUAUACCACAAUAAUGCCAGAGUUACUGAAGUUUCAGGCGAGCAAAACAGGCCGCGAGUCGCCGGUUUUUAAUGCCAUACCCAAGUGCUACACAGCCCGACAUGAUCUGCUCAUAAUGGAGGAUCUGCGCGAACGUGGAUUUCAGAUGUCCGAUCGCCACAAAGGACUCAGCAUGGAGGAGGCGCAGUCUGUGCUCUUGCAGGUGGCCCAAUUACAUUCCCUCAGUUUGGCGUACAAGUUUGAGCAUCCGCUGGACUUUGCCAAGCUGUGCAGCCUCAUCAGCGAGGGCAUCUUCUGCACAGCCAACACGAGUUGGUAUAGAAACUACUACGAGCGUCUCACAAAGAAUGCCGUCAAAAUGGUUUCCGAAGUGCUGCCCGCCGACUCCAAGUACGUCCUGGCCAUGCGCAAUUUCGCUGAGGGCUCCUCCUUCUUUGGCCAGAUGGUCAAAUUGGCCAGUUCAGAGUCUCCGUUGUCGGCCAUUUGCCAUGGCGACUGUUGGGUCAACAAUUUUCUGUAUCACUACGAUCCGGAGUUUCCACAGCGCGUACUGGAGGUGGCCCUGAUAGAUUUUCAGCUAAUACGUUAUAGCUCUAUUGCCUUGGACAUUGCCAAUCUGUUGUACUGCUGCACCACAAAGGAGAUGCGGGAUGCGGAGCUGAAGACGUUGCUGAAAACCUACACGGAUGAGUUGUUCAGGUGGCUGGAAAUCCUGUGCACUGCUCUGCCAGAACACUGCAAUACCCUGGAAAAGCUGCAGGAUCUCUUCGCCGAGGAACUGAAAGCCUAUGGACGCUUUGCCCUGGGCCUGGCCAUGGACAUUAUACCCAUAAGUACAUGCUCUUCCGAAGAUGCACCGGACAUGUAUUUAAAUCGGAACGACGAGCCCGAGGAGGAGGAUGAGGGUGCGCCAAUGCUUAACUUUCCACCCAACGAUCUGUGUCGCCAGAAAAUGUCCGAAAUAGUCAUCGAUAUGGUCGAUGGGGAUAUGCUUUAGGGCUGGCAUCCACAGCUCUCUUGAACACACACACCAAAUUAACGAUAACUCAGUUAACCCAUAGGUACAUAGGUAUAUGCAAAACUAGUGAAUAUUUUCAAAACGUAGCCAUUAGGCCUAGCAAUACUUUAUAUGAGAUUAGAGGGUACGAUAACGUCCGGCUACCCUACAUGUCGGUAGCGUUUGCGUUGCUCCAGCAGCCAACAAUGGAAUGUUAUCUCGAAAAGCGUGAACUGUGGGUGAAGCAAUACGAUAAUGCCAUCGGGGAUAACUUUUAAUUGAAUUUUGUUUUAGUUUCGGAGACUUUUUCUUUCUUUAUUGUAUUGGAUGUGAGGUUUGAGUAAGCCCCCAACGAUCCAAAGCCAAAUUAGGUAGACUUUAUAAACGCUUUUGGAAUUUAUAUUUUAUUUUAUGCCAAAGUUGCCGAUGGAUAUUUCUGGACUGGCAUUGUGGAACUGUACGUUUAUGCUCUUAUUGUAGCUAUAUAGUUAACAUAUAUAUUUGUUGGAUCUUAGCUCAAAGAACCCAGACAAUAGUCAACUUGUCCAGUUCGCAUAUUGUGUAUUGUGUGUUUUUUUUAAAGUAUUCUUUACACAAAGCAAUAAAUUAUAAACAAAACAAAAGUAAUGCCUU